AUGUUUCAGCGUGCGUUGCUCAGACAAAGCCAGGCCAUGCGGUCUGCGCUCUCAUCCCGAUCUUUGACCACAGCAGUAUCGUCACCUCUCACGCGGACGUCACCGCUGCGACUGCACACUCCAUCAAUUGGAGCAUACGCUCUCCGUUCAGCACAGAGAUAUUAUUCUUCUGAGACUGAAUCGAGCAAGACUGAAACCAAGGAUGCUGGAGAGCAGAAGGAGUCGAAGACCGAGACAGCAGAAGGCAAGGAAGAAGACGCCCUGAAGAAGGAGUUGGAGGCAAAACAGAAGGAAAUCGUUGAACUGAAGGACAAAUAUCUUCGCUCCGUGGCCGAUUUCCGAAACCUUCAGGAACGCACUAAGCGCGACAUCGAUAACGCACGCACAUUUGCCAUUCAAAAGUUUGCUGGUGAUCUUCUGGAUACCGUUGACAACUUCGACCGUGCCCUCUCCGCAGUGCCGGCCGAGAAGCUGGAGGCUCGUGGAGAUGAGUCUCUUAAGGACCUGCACAACCUAUAUGAUGGCUUGAAGAUGACUGAGAACAUCCUUAUGGCUACGCUGAAGAAGCAUGGCCUGGAGAGGUUUGACCCCGGCGAGCCUACCGAAGACGGCAAGCCUCAGAAGUUCGACCCCAACCGACACGAGGCUACUUUCAUGGCCAAGGCCGAAGGCAAGGAGGACGGCGAGAUUAUGUACACUCAGAGCAAGGGAUUUAUCCUCAAUGGCCGGGUGGUCAGAGCUGCCAAAGUUGGUGUUGUCAAGAACUCUUAAGCUUGUUCAGACUAUUCCCAAGAGUCUGUUUGCGAGCUUCGCCUUCGGAUUUCACCCAAUCUUCCUAAUACUUUUCUCUCAACGUCUGUACAAUAUAUCCUGAGCCAUAC